AUGACAGUCAUCAACGCGAGCGACAUCCCGACCCUGUCGCUGCUGUACAAGCUGCACAAGCUGGUAGCGGCGCCGGCAGGCACGAAGCCACGCCCGACCCUGGCCGGGCCCAAGACGAUCCCAGCGCCGUCCAAGGCGCUCAAUGACCGCGUAGGCGUCGUGCUCAGCGACAUCACCACGCUAGGGGUCGACGCCAUCGUCAACGCGGCGAAACGGUCGCUGCUGGGCGGCGGAGGCGUCGACGGGGCGAUCCACCGGGCGGCGGGCGCGGGCUUGGUGCGCGAGUGCGAGCGGCUGGGCGGGUGCGAGACGGGCGCGGCCAAGAUCACGGGCGCGUACCGGCUGCCGUGCCGCCGCGUGAUCCACGCCGUCGGCCCCGUGUACGACCCCGGCGAGCACGAGGCCAGCGAGACGGCCCUGGCCAGCUGCUACACGCGCAGCCUCGAGCUGGCCGCCGAGAACGGCUGCCGCUCCGUCGCCUUCAGCGCCCUCAGCACCGGCGUCUACGGCUACCCCAGCCGCUGGGCCGCCCCGGCCGCCCUGAGCGCCGUCCGCAAGUUCCUCGUCGACCACCCCGCCCGCGCCGGCAUUGACAAGGUCAUCUUUGUCACGUUUGAGAAGAAGGAUGUCGAUGCGUACAACGAGAGCGUGCCGAUAUUCUUCCCUCCGGUUCCCGACGAGGAAGCCGAGGCUGAAGCCGUCGCCAACGAGCUGCCCGACCCGCCGACGGGCGACCCGGUCAAUCCGGAGAAUGACGGGAAGAGGCAGAAGCACGAUUAA